AUGCUUCUCCAGCCUACUCAAAUCGUUGCCCUCGCCCUCGGACUGCUGUCCGCCACCGCCGUCGCUGCGCCUGCGGAGCAGUUGGAAGCUCGUCAACAGCAGCCCAAGGAAGUUGGUGCCUGCUACGAUACUCAGUUCGCUUGCGACUUCCAGGGAUGUUUUGCCGAUUUCGGAUGCGAUCAGAUCAGCGGCGGAACUGCCUGGUGCUGCCGGAAUGGCUAA